AUGGCACCUCGAAGAUCCGCAUCAGAGGAUCAAGACGAGAUUCGUCAAACAUUAGAGAAUUUUACGAAUGGUUUGCAUGAUGCGUUGCGAAGUGCUUUUGAGAAAGCGUUAACGACGGUGUUGCAAGACCAAUACGAGAAGUACUACGAUGCAAAUUUGGUAUGGAAAGAAAAGGGUAAAUGA